GAGCAUGAUCCGAUCAUCGAACUAGAAAGCCUUCAGCCCUACAUCCCCGGAAAAUGCCGCCUCCGCUUGCUCCUGUUUUCCUUCUUUCGUCUCUUGGCCACUCUCCUCUGGAUCCUGUUUAUUUUUACCGUCAUUGGACUAGGCGUUUUUGCUGUCUACCGAUUUCGUCAGUCCAACAAGCGCCAACGCGAUAGGCGCGCUUCCCGCAUCCGCGAACUGGUUCACCAAGUAACAGACAUCCUACAACAGCAACUGAAGAAUCGGGAGACCAACCCCAUGGAGCCGCCAUACGUUCCAGUGUCUGCCAUCCGCUCCGCUCUACGUCGUUCAAAUUCAGAUGUUGACGACCUGUGGUCCGAAUUGGAGCAACACGUGCACUUGGUGGAGGGCUGCAUUUUGGUGCAGGAGUGGCGCGGUGUCGGUGAGACCUGGCAGUGGCAGGGCGGCAGCGGUUGGCAAGGAUCUGGAUGGUGUCUCCUCUGCAACGGCCUACUCGCCGUCUACUUUUCUUGA